AAUGACGAAAAGAUCCGUAUUGAAAGGCAUUGAGGCAGCCGCUGACAACUGGUCCACCGAGGCAAGAAAAUUCGCAACGGAGGGGAUCGACAUACGCAAUCAUUGGUCAUCCCUUGCCUCUCUACCAUACUGCCAUGUCUCCCAAAGCCGCCUGGGUCUCCCUCCUAUCCAAGACAGCUUAUUUACCGGGUCUUCUCGUCGUAGACUACGGUCUGAAGGCUGCUAAAUCGAAAUACCCGCUGAUAGUGAUGGUCACGCCGGAUAUAUCUCAAGAUGCCCGUGAUGUCCUCAGAAAUCGGGGUCUGAUCAGCGUCGAUGUGGGCGUAGUCGCCCCAGACGCGAGUCGGCAAAGAUUCGACGUCCACGACGCAAGGUUUGCCGAUACCUGGUCCAAAGUUCGUACGUUUGAGAUGGUCGAUUACGAUCGAGUGGUUCUUCUGGAUGCCGAUGUGAUAAUCCUGAGAAACAUGGAUGAGCUCAUGGAUCUCGACCUGCCCAAAGAUCAGAUCGCCGCUGCCCAUGUCUGCGCUUGCAACCCUCGGAAGCUCCCCCAUUAUCCUGCCGAUUGGAUUCCCGAGAACUGCGCUCACAGUGCCGUGACCGGUCCAAAUGCUCCGCCUCCUCAGUGGUCGGAAGGAAAACCACGCCCCUACAGCCAACUCAAUUCGGGGGUAGUGGUUCUCAACCCCUCCAUGGCUAUGGCAAGCGCUAUCAUUGAACGACUCAUGACCUCUGCAGAAGUUGAAAACUUCACAUUUGCAGACCAAGACCUUAUGAUCGAACAUUUCAAAGGAAUGUGGAAGCCUCUUCCUUGGUACUACAACGCACUCCGGACGCUUCAGGUUGUGCACCCGAAGAUCUGGCGCGAUGAAGAGGUUCGAUGCCUCCAUUACAUUCUUCCCGAUAAACCUUGGAAGGCAAGGGUACCGGCUGAAGGUACCGGCAGUCCUUUCGAUGAAACGAACCGGUGGUGGUGGGCACAUUUCGAGAAACUAGGCGAGGAGCUGCGAGCAGUAGAUCCUGAAGGCUGGAAAUUAGUUUCAGCCAACGUUGCAGCUAAAUGAUGCUUACAGAAGCAGAUUUAGAAUUAGAGCCCUAUCGUACAGGAAGAGAGCCCUCUG